GAAAGCAGCCCUGACACCACUUCUCUGCCCAACCUAAAAUUUUGACAGUGCUCUGACAGUCUGCAGCCAUGUCGGGGAAAGGAGCAAAGGGCCUGUCCGGCAAGGGCGCCAAGGGCACCAUGGGUGACAAGAAGGGAGACAAGAAGAAGCCUGUCUCUCGGUCAGCUCGCGCCGGGCUGCAGUUCCCAGUGGGUCGUAUUCACAGGUUGCUCAAGGGACGUGUGACAGCCAACGGACGCGUUGGAGCCACUGCCGCUGUUUACACAGCUGCAAUUCUCGAGUACCUCACAGCAGAGGUGCUGGAGCUUGCCGGGAACGCCUCAAAGGACUUGAAGGUGAAACGUAUCACUCCCCGUCACUUGCAACUUGCCAUCCGUGGUGACGAAGAGCUGGACACCCUCAUCAAGGCGACCAUUGCUGGCGGUGGUGUCAUCCCUCACAUCCACAAGUCCCUGAUCAACAAGGCUACCAAGAAGGAGUAAAGCAGCUAGCCAGACACGCAUUCACGCUUGUUCAUGCUCGACUUCGAACGGUCUGAUUGCACCAGACAAGAGUGGCAGGUUUUGCCCUGACAAGUUGGACAGCAACAACAUUGUACCUGGCAGCCAGCGCAACAGUCAGGAGACCUUGCUUUGCCGUGCUGUAUAUUGACAUGCUCAAACUCAAUCACUGAAGGACUUCACUGGGCAACUAUUUGCCUGGCCAGAACACCCAGUGACUGGAACAACCCUCACAUGCUGGGAUAUCUUAAGGAAAAGGCGGCCUGCUGUGAGGCCCUAGCCUUCGCUGAGAACAUUGGAGGUACCCAUGACAGUCAUGUUGGCGUCGGUUGAGCUACUGUGAUAAUUUAGUGUAUGUCUUGACUUUGUCACCCAAUCCCUGAAGCUUCACUGAUGGGAUAGCAAAAGAAGGGUUGCGAAUCUACUGGUACUGGUAAUUCUGAUAGCGCAACAC